AUGCCGCCGCCGCCGCCGCGGUCGCUCCGCGUCGCCGUCAUCGGCGCGGGAGCCGCGGGGCUGGCCGCCGCGCGCGAGCUGCGGCGCGAGGGCCACGCGCCCGUCGUGUUCGAGCGCGCCCACGCAGUCGGGGGCACCUGGCUGUACGACGACCGACAGCGCCACUCCAGCAGCAGCAUGUACGCGUCCCUGCGCACCAACCUGCCACGCGAGGUCAUGGGCUUCCUCGACUUCCCCUUCGCCGCCGCCCCGGACUCCGUCGACGCGCGCAGGUUCCCUCGCCACCAGGAGGUGCUGCGCUACAUCCAGGCCUUCGUGCGCCGCUUCCACCUUCACGGCCUGGUCCGCCUCCGCACGGAGGUGCUCGCCGUCACCAAGGACGACGACGAGGGGAGCAGCAACAGCGGCAGCUGGAGGGUGAGGUGGUGCCGGAACGCAGCCGCCGGUGACGAGGAGGAGCAGGAGCAGGAGGAGGCGUUCGAUGCCGUCGUGGUCUGCAACGGCCACUACACGGAGCCGCGAACCGCCGCCGACAUCCCCGGCCUGGACGCCUGGCCGCCGGGCAAGCAGAUGCACAGCCACAGCUACCGCGUGCCGGGCCCGUUCGCGGACCAGGUGGUGGUCAUAGUCGGAGCCAGCAACAGCGGCGCCGACAUCUCCAGGGAAAUCGCCGGAGUGGCCAGGGAGGUACACGUGGCCGACAGAUCGGCGCCCGCCGACACCUGCCGUAGGCUCCCCGGCUACCGCAACCUCUGGCUCCGCUCCAUGGUGGAGCGCGCCGACGCGGAUGGCACCACCGUCGUGUUCCGAGACGGCAGCUCCGUCAGAGCGGACGUCGUUAUGCACUGCACCGGCUACAAGUACAGCUUCCCCUUCCUCCUUACGACGACGGCGGGGGUGGACGAGGGCGAGGAUACCCCCGGUUCCACCGUCGUCUCCGUCGAUGACAACCGCAUCCACCCGCUGUACAAGCACGUGUUCGUGCCUCAGCUGGCUCCUCACCUCGCCUUCAUCGGCCUGCCCUUCAAGGUGAUCCCUUUCCCGAUGUUCCAGCUCCAGGCCAGCUGGGUCGCCGGCGCUCUGUCGGGCCGGAUCCAGCUCCCGUCGGAGGAGGAGAUGAUGGAAGACGUGAGGACGCUCUACACGGAGCUGGAGGCCGUGGGAUGGCCCGUCAGGUACACGCACUGCAUGAAGCACAGCCAAUUCGAGUACGACGAGUGGCUGGCGGAGCAGUGCGGCGGGCACGCCGGCAGAGUGGAGGAGUGGAGGAAGGACAUGUUCGACGCCGACAGGAAAAAGAAGGUGGAGUGCCCGGAGACGUACCGAGACGACUGGGACGAUCACCAUUUGCUGGAACAAGCGUACCGAGACUUCAACAAAUACUCGUAA